AGCGGGCGCCGCCCGCGCCCCGCCAUGUCGUGCGUCCACUACAAGUUCUCCUCCAAGCUCAACUAUGACACGGUCACCUUCGACGGGCUCCACAUCUCCCUGAGCGACCUCAAGCGCCAGAUCAUGGGCCGAGAGAAGCUGAAGGCGGCCGACUGCGACCUGCAGAUCACCAACGCGCAGACCAAAGAAGAAUACACCGAUGACAGUGCCCUGAUUCCCAAGAACUCCUCGGUGAUUGUGAGGAGAAUCCCCAUUGGAGGAGUGAAAGCUACAAGCAAAACAUACGUUAUAAGUCGAAGUGAGCCAGUGAGUGGGACAUCAAAAGCAGUAUGUAAAAACACAAUCUCACACUUUUUUUCCUACACAUUGCACUUAAUUCUAAACAAUGCAGCCUUUUAUUAAUUUGCCAAACAUUAACUUAAUAUCUUUUCCAGUAAAACCUAGUGUAUGUUGUAAAUACAUUGUAUUUGAUUCAGCAUAGUAAAAACUGAGUAAUGCCUUUACUUGCAGAGUUCUAAUGUGAAUAUUGGUAUUUUUACCUAGCAAUGCAUUGUAUUUCAUAUUGAAUAUGCCAGAAUCUCUCCUGUAUGACUCUGUGUUGUACAGAUAAUGUAUGAUCGUUUCAGAUCCUGUAGGCUCGAGGUUUGCACACUGAACAUGGUGCCAUGUUCUACAUCUGUCUGUCUAUAGCUAGUGAUAUGUAUGUUUGUAUAGGUUGUUGUGUGCUUUUUGUUUCUUGCAAUAAAAACUGUUUGGAGUGUAUUUUUUGCCAUUUUCACAUUGUAUCACUUAGCUUUUGUUUUUAAAUACCUUUUUUUUGCCUAAUGGUUUUUGAAAAUGUUUAUCAAAAACCACUGAGAAACCAUUAUUGUGAAACUUGGUGCUGUUCCUUACUUUUGACUUGGGGGUUCAAACAAAUACCAAACCCAGCAUAUCCCAGACGUUUUGAGGACAGUUCUGUGCAGCUAAAUGAUUCCUUCUCAUGUCCUUAAAUAUUGGGUAUUUGUUCCUGAAACUGUGUAAUUGAAGUGAUAUUGUUUGGGCCCCUCUGAGUACAGAAAUGUCUUUAAUAGCCUGACGUGAAUUUCGAUAUCGUUGCUACACAGAGUGGUAUUCUAAAGUUCUGCAUUUGAUCUCUCCCCUUAAUCUGGUGAAGCAGUUUAGUUCAACAGCAGUUUGUCUGCAAAUGACAAUAUACAACACAAAUUUUGACACCAGGUUAGAGCCUGGGGCGUUUGGGGGUGAAAUCCCUGUCAUUUUUCUUAACUUCUGCCUGCAGCACGUUUUUGGAUCUGGGUAACUCUGAGGCUGGCUGCUGCUGUAUUUCCCAAAGGUUAAGCCUUUCUUUAGUAUACCACCACUUGGAAUUCACAUUUGGAAAAGGGCAGCAUUUUCCUUCAGUUUUGCAAACACUGUUGUUGUGCUGCUAACAUACAAAUCCCCCACGGAAAUCCAGGUGAUGGGGUAGAUCUUGGUGUGCCACUUGGCCGGUACUGUGUGCAACUAUGCCUUUCCAAUAGUUCUUAGAGUACUGUUUGGUGGGGUUUAUUUUUCAUCUUUAUUUUAAAUAUAACUGCUUCUCCUUCACUAGACUGGUGUGAGGCAUUACACUAACCCUGGAUCAUUGGAUCUGAUCACUCGAUCAGCCGUUAGGAUCACUCAAUCUAGAAAUUCCUGAACUCUGGGGCUGUGUUCUGGGUAGAAUAAAGCCUCUGGUCCCCAUGGAAACAAUCAACCUCAAAUUGAAAAUUUUGUGCGUAGAUCUAAAAUCAGUAAAUGUGAUAUCUGUAAUUCUAUUGCUGAUUGAUUGGAAUUCCUUUUUAGACACAAAUGCCUCUGAUUGUGAGUUUGAGUUAGUUGAACUGGCCCAGUGACCCUAGUAGUUAAUGUAAUGCAUUUAUGUAAACCACGUUUAUAGUAUUUGAUCUAAUUCAGAUGGGGUUUUAUUUCUUGAAAACAGUUCUUUUUCUUUUUGUUUACUAGCAUGUGUAUAAACACAAACCACAUGUUCAUAAAUAAAGUUAACAUUCUUUUAGCCUCGUGUGUUCCCUGGCAUGUCUGUAUUACAUUGCUCAGUAGCAUCUUACCAUAAGCUAAUGUAGAUGUGUCAAAAAAGAGAAAAGGAAAAAUCCCGGAGUGGGAGGGAAGACUUAGUGUGAGUGAGAAGUAAUGGCAGGAAAGGAAAGGCAAAGCAAAGCCAUUCCUUGGUGUGCUCUGACUGCCCCUGGUUUGGGAGGGUGGAAGCCCUUGCAUCCCUCUGUACAAACCCUCCCUCUCUCUCACUGCAAAAGCCCAGCAGCCUCAGGAACUUCUGGGGCUGGAGACACAAAUAGUUUGUUCUUAAAGCUAACUCAGGUCUUGUUCUGAAGCGUGGGGGUUUGUUUGCCUUUAUUUUUUUUUUUUUAAUACACCUAUUUCUGCAUGUAUUUCAGAGUGGAACCGGGGUCUCGGUGUAGUAGGGGUAAAUCAUUGGAAAUUUUGUCAAUUAUUGAUGGACAGUAAAGCUGCAAAAUUAGAAUCAGUUAAGAUUUCUUUCUAAAGGAUGCACAAAAGCUUAUUUUUAAUGUCUUCAUUGUCUUAUACCAGCUGUCAUUGCACAUGUGGAACUGUGCUGGUGUUAGCACAGCCAGAGCCAGUGUGGGGCCUUUCUGCUGAACUGUCGGUGCUGCAGUCCAUGCAGGGCUCUUGGGCUCUCUGUCCCUGCAGUGCAGGAGUGCAGGGCCAUGCCCAUUGCUGUAGCACUGUCAGGCACAGCUGGGAGCCUUCCUGGCUGAACUGGCAGUGUAGCCAAGCUCCAGGGUUUAGGAAAGCCCUGGAAUUUCAGUGGAGCACUCCAGCAGUGCCAUCAGCCUUUGCCUCCCCUCUUCUGUCCCCCUGCCCACUUGGCUUCGUGUUAGUUUUUGUCAGUCUGCUGCAGGAAAUGGGAGUUAAUACAUUGGCUCUGGAGUUCAGGGUUCGGGGUCUGCUUUUUCUGGUUGUUCUUUUUUUUUCUCUAGUUCUUCUGCAGUGUUAUCUUGGGGUUGCAUACAAGCUCAUGGAGAUGUUUCUACUUGACUGUUUUGAGGGACUACCAGGAAAUGCUUCAGUAGAAAUUUAAAAGGAAAAAAAAUAGGCAGAAAUGUAGGACCAUGGAAAGAUGGCCAUUGGGCAAAUGCAUUGAAGAGUACAUUAAUUAUUUUUUUUUAUGUUUUUGGUAACUGUUCAAUAUCACCUCUUUUAAGAAAUUAGACUGUUGCCUGCAGGCCAUAUAAUAACUGCUUCCUAAAAAAAAUUACAAGAACUAAUUAAUAGUUUAUUAACUGUUGUGCUUCAGUUUCUGGUCAGUACUAGACUGUUUAAUGCUAGAGCUUUCCUAAUUUAUUUUUUUUUUUUUUGCUUCUGAAAAGCCACAAAAUAUAGUUGUGCCUGCCCUGAGAGAACACUGCUUUGCUUUUCCACAUUUAAGAGAGGGGCAUAUGGAGCACGAGGCUUCAAAAUGCUUGUCCAGACCUCCUUUUGAGCAGGACUAGGUGCAAAGUGUUCUAGAGAGGAGAGGUGAAUCUUCUGGUAAGACUUUCAGUGGAAUUAAGGUCUCUUUGUCUCGAUCUGGGUGAUCCAAAGGCACACUUUUCAAGAGCUCUUUAGUCAGUAAUACAGGAAUGUGUGCUAUAUGUGCUUUCCUGAAAACAUAGAGGAGGAACAACUAACUGGAGUGAGGAAUCAUCUUCUGCGUGGAGAUACUUUUUCUCAGUCUGCCAAAACUGCCCCCUUGAAUUCUCCCACCACAUUAGGUAGUAAAGGACAAGAGCUGUUUUAAGGAAAGGUUUUAAUCUCUUUACUGACCUGUUUAGUGACCUCUUGGAGAGCUGCUCAGUUCACACUGAGAAAUUUUAUUCUACUUUUUUCAGCAAUUCAGAUGUAAUAAGCAGUGAUUUGAGUAUCUUUCUGGCACUGCUUUGCUGGUGUCAGGUUAAGUGCUGCUCGUGGCAUGGUAGAUUUCCAUGUAUAUGUAUUGGAGAAGAUCAGAGUUGCCCUUUUUACUUGUGGGAAAACUGCCCUUCAGCACUAGUUCUCCAUAAGCUCUGCAGUCUGUUCCUAGCUACUGGCCUGAAGACUCCACUCCUGAGAGCUGUUCCAUAGCCAGCUGGGAGGAGAAAAAUGGAGACAAAAACUCCAGGGUUGUGCUCUGAAUCCAUGUUUUCAUCAUCAAGUUUUGCACUUUCUUCUUUUGUUCAUUUAGCACUGGGCUGCUAUUAAAGAUCAGGUUUGAUCUGACUGCAAGCAAUAAUCUACAUUCCCACACUUCCCAAACAGAUUUGGGUGGCAGGGCCUGUGGUCUAAUAACGUACAGGUUUUUUGAGGUUUUAUAGUCUACUCUGGCAUUAUAAACACCGUUAUGUAAAUUAUUUAUGCAGGUUUUUUUCCAGGCAAAGUGACAGGUUACUUUUGUGGCUGCUGUUCUAGACUGGUUUAUAUUUGAGGUUAUUUGGGUACUGACAGGAGGGGCAGAGUGUGUGUUCCAGGAUUGCUGGGCCUGGCCUUCUUUCUGGCAGCUGCUGGGUUCACAAAAGCAUCACUGUGUGCAUUUAUAAUGAUGAGACAUUCACUGAUUCAUUUAUAAACUACACUAAUAUUAAGUUACCCGAAGUGAUGCUUCUUCCUCAGUUAAAAUUAUUUACUUUUUUUAAAUCCUUUUUAGCUGAAAAUUGGCAGAUUCCUUUACCCUUUUGACAGGGAUCCCUCUCUGAGAUAUUGUGACCAGCAGGGUUGGUUAUUUUAAUUUCUUCUCAUAACUAUGUAGACACUCUUAAGCCAUCAUAGAUUUGGACUUUGUUUUGAAUAAAUACAAAUUACACUGGGUUGGAGUUGCCUCUGGGUGACACUCAGGGGAUAUAGUGCAGACAUUCAGACUAUAGUAGAGGUUAACUGUUGUUGUGUUUUGACUGUAGAACUUGAAUAUGUGUUUAAUUUUUUGUGAACAGAUUGAUGACUCUUCUGCAUCUAUUUCUCUGGCCCAGCUUACUAAGGUAUAUAUAUAUAUAUUCUUGUCAAAUACUUUAAAAAGUGUUUGCUUCCUAGUUUUAAAUUGAUACUGUGAUCUAUAGUUGGAUAACUGUUGUAAUUGGAAGAAACCCUUUAAUUUUUAAUAACUUAAAGUAUUUAUUUUAAUUUUAAAUUUGUGUAUAUUUUGAUACUAUCCUGUAAAGAGUAGUUCCCAGUUUGGGAAGAUAGAAGGGGAGUACCUUAUCAGCCUCAGCAUAAUGUUGCAGUAUUACUCAUCCUCAAGACACAAAGAAGAAGCGCUUCAGAAGCUGUUUUACCGUUUUUCAUACGUUUCAUUAAUUUUGCGUUGGAAACUAACCCAGUUUGUACAGAAGAAUUUAAUUGGCUGUAAGUUCCGGACAUUCCAGGGGGGUUUGACCAGCCACAAGAGAAGCGGUUCUGUACCAUGGACAAUUGCAUGGCCAUUUUUGAAUUCCUAGUCAUAGUUACAGACCCAUUCUCUGAAUGCUGCACAAUUCCAUAAAUUCUGGGAUUUAUACAGUGGACAACCCGAUCUAAUUUGUUUGAACACAGACUGUGUAAAUUGUGUAAAUGUACCUCAUUGUUUAUAGGAAUAUACCAAUGUGUAUGUGUGGCAUCUGAGCAGCUGUGACCUUUCGAAACUGUUGUAAUGCCAUGUUUUGCUCGGGAACUGCUUGCAUUUUUGCUCACCAAUGUGUAAUUUGUCUGGGAAAGCACUAGUGACUGCACUGUGUGGACAGACGGGUGCUCAACCACCGGUCCCUAAAGCUACAGGCAGCAGAGCAGGCAGGGCCUGAGGCAGAGCAGCUGGUUCUUCAUCCUCAGAAUAAAGUUCAUUUCCUGUAAAAGGAGAUCUCUUCCCACUGGUAACUUUUUCCCUCUUCACUACAGAAAUUAAAUUGUGUACAUUGGCCAAAAAAGAAAAAUUUAUAUAUAUAUAUAGUUUGGAAGGGAGCCACCAAAAGCAAUUGGUCCCCAUUAGUGCUGUCCCUAAACAUGUCCUCGGGUUUGUAACCUCAUGUGAAGUUUUACUCUAAAAUGUGCAAAGGUGUCCAAGGGGUGGGUGUACACAUUUAAACUUUUGAGGAAAUCUAAAAUGCAGGAAGAUGCCACCAAGCAACUCAGCACUGUUGCUCCCUCUAACCACUCUAGUGCAGCCCGGCUCAGCACGGAGGCAAUGUGUUAACAGUUCUCUGGUGAUUAUUACUAUGUAUGAAAUGCCAUAUUUGAAUUUUGGUCUAUUCCUACUAAUGUUUUGUGGCUUUUGGAUGUGUUUUGUAACCUGUUUGGGUUCAAACAAAUUAGUCAAGUAUUAUCUGUAAAGCUUUCUGUAACUGUUAAUGGAAAUGGUUUCAUAGCUGGCGAUCCGGAUUCUGUUACUGUGGAGAAAAACUGUGUAUAUGAAACAACCAUUUAAUAAAAUGUUGAAACUA